UGGCUCACGUUUUUAGACUCAGAUGAAUCAUUUCAGCUAGAUGUCACCCAACAAUGACCAAUUCAUCCUCGAUCCGGUAUUGGAGAUGUUGAAGCAUCGCAUCCCUAUAAGGCGAACCCCACAUGGGAUCCAGCAGUGCCUUGGGGAAGAGGAACCGAUGCCAUCGGGAUGCCACAUCGGCCUUCGGUCAGAUCUGCAAGCGCCUGUCGCCGAUCAUCCUAGAGGUUUGGCCACAGGCGCUGAAUGUUUGGGGUGUCUUCAUGGUCACCAUGGCCAUUUUCCCCGGCGUGAUAGUGCACUGGGAGCCACCGGCAGGCUCCAGCUUUAGACAGAACAAGCAGAUGUACGGGAAUAUCCUCAUCGGUUGCUUUCAGGUGGGCGACGUGUUGGGCCGCACCAUGGCUGGCCCGGCCGGACGGAGGAUCGGACCCAAGCGGCUGUGGGUCCUGGUGCUCAUGCGCUUCGCGUUCAUCCCACUUUUCAUGCUGGGCCAGCGCUUGCCGGAAGCCUCACCGCUUUGGGGUUCGGACCUGGGACGCUUGCUGCUUUGUGGGCUCUUUGCGAUCAGCAACGGCCUGGCAGCCAACUUGGCGAUGAUGUAUGGCCCAGAAAGCUGUAGCGUCCUGGAGCGACGGGAAGUCGCAGGCAUGAUGAUGAGCGCCAUCAUGGUGACAGGCAUUUUUUGCGGCUCCUUGCACAUAGAAAGAGAAGAAGGAUUUGAGUUUGUUCUGUUCGGCACGGGGCUUCUCUCUUGGUGCCACCAGCAAGCUUCCUUCGUUUCAUGGGGAAUGAGCUUGUCAAACUCAACGACAAUGAUCAGCACUCAGAAGAAGGAUUGAGCGGGGCCACAUAUAUAUAUAUAACUACAAUUAUGUAUAUUACACAUGGAUAGAUAUAGAUAGUGACUUUAUGCGAUGUUCCAUGAGUCAAAUUGUCAAAAGUACAUCAGUGUAUCAUCCAUCCAUUGCCAUGUAGAACCAGUGUUGUUUUCGUUGUUCUCCCGGGCCCUUGGAAGCUCCGGACGUCGCAGGCUCGCCUUUGCCACGCAGAUUGGCAUCAGCGCGUGAUCCUCGACGCGCACGGCCGGGCACAGCCAUACGGUACAGUUCGGGUCAAUGGGUCCAUGGGUUACAUGUGUUUGGAAGGCUGCACCGAAGGUGACUUUGGUGUGGGCCAAACACAUGCAUGGAAGGCAAAGGAUUUCGAGUGC